AGGAGACGGGCGGGGACGGGCGGGGGACCCACCGCCUCGCAGCUCGGGCCGCCGCGCUCACACACCGGGCCCGGCUCCCAAGGGCGCCAGCGCGGCCCCGGGGAGCGCCAGGAACCGGCGAGCGCGCGGCCUGCCGUUGGCGGCUUGGUCCGCCAACACUCUGCGCCCACCCGCCAGAAGGUGGGGAUCCCAGCCCCCGGAAAGAUGGUGUCCUGGAUGAUCUCCAGAGCCGUGGUAUUGGUGUUUGGAAUGCUGUAUCCUGCAUAUUAUUCAUACAAAGCUGUGAAAACAAAAAAUGUGAAGGAAUAUGUUCGAUGGAUGAUGUACUGGAUUGUUUUUGCUCUCUAUACUGUGAUUGAAACAGUAGCAGAUCUAACAGUUGCUUGGUUCCCCUUGUACUAUGAACUUAAGAUUGCUUUUGUCAUAUGGCUGCUCUCUCCCUAUACCAAAGGAGCAAGUUUACUAUAUAGAAAAUUCCUUCAUCCACUUCUGUCUUCAAAGGAAAGGGAGAUUGAUGAUUAUAUUGUACAGGCAAAGGAACGAGGCUAUGAGACGAUGGUCAACUUUGGACGGCAAGGUUUAAACUUAGCAGCUACUGCUGCUGUCACUGCAGCAGUGAAGAGCCAAGGGGCAAUAACUGAGCGGUUACGGAGCUUCAGUAUGCACGACCUAACAGCUAUCCAAGGGGAUGAGCAUGUGGGACAAAGACCGUACCAACCUCUACCGGACACAAAAAGGAAAAGUAAGCCAGCCUCCAGUGAAUCAGGUUAUGGAAUUUCACUGAAAGACGGUGAUGAGAAAACAGAUGAAGAACCAGAAGGGCCAUAUUCAGAUGAUGAGAUGUUAACACACAAAGGCCUUCGAAGAUCGCAAAGCAUGAAAUCUGUGAAAACCGUGAAAGGCCGCAAAGAGGCGCGGUAUGGCUCACUAAAAUAUAAAGUGAAGAAGAGACCACAGGUGUAUUUUUAGUCACAUACACUUCAAGCAUCCCAAGACAAAUGCUAAUACAUCGGGGGUUUUUCUAAUACUAUAUAUUCAGGAUUUACUCAUUAAAAUAGUUGUUUAAAUUGUGGCAGCGAUAGAGUUUACUUUCAUCAAUUUAAAUACUUUAACAAUUAUUUUCAAAUCUUCACUAUUAAAGGUAGUUAGGCAAAACAUAUAUAUAUAUAUAUAUAUAUAUAUAUAUAUAUAUAUAUCAGAUAAUAAUAGAAAAUUGUGUUACAUCUUUUCAAAUUCAUCAACAAGAUGGAGGGCCUGGGAUAGAAGAGGAAGCACAAACCUACAGUAUACUUGAAAAGGUCUUUUUAUGGUUCAAGAUACAUCAGACUUUGUGAUACUGUAUUGUUUACCUCCAUUUAUGUUAUAGCUAUCACAUGAGGAUAGUGAUUAAAUAGGCCUCUGAUCCAGCAGUGGGAGGACAGGGGCAUAAUGUGAGAUAAAGUAUGUUUGAUAUAGUCUUUAAAUUUUUACUUUUUUUACUACUUUAUAGUUUUUCCACCAUCAACUGAAAGUUUUCAAAACAAAUAUUUGAGAACCAGGUAUCCACAUAGUACUUUUAUUCCUGACUAGUUUUGCACACUUGAAAAUUGUUUACUUAUUUUAUGACUGUACAUUUUAAGUUUUUUUGACACUCUAUUAUUUGUCGUAUUCCGACAUGUCAAAUUUAUGCCUCGAAUUACAUCAUCUCCUUUCCUAUGGGUUCCACUUGUUAAAUUUGCUUGAUUUAAAUCUUAAAAUAUAUUAAUAUUAAAAUACAGUUAAUUGUUCAAUUCUAGCUAUUUUUAAUUAUCUUCUUUACAAAUUAGAAAUUAUUUUAAACAUUAACCAGUUUUCGAUAUUUAGCUGUACAUUGUAGUUGAACUUAGUAUGUUUUUGUUAACACUGGUUACAUUUUCACCUCUUAAAAGUGGUAGCUUUUGUGAAAUAGAGUCUGAGACCAGUACAGCACUUAGGUCUCUUCUAAUUCAUGAAUAUACAACCAGUCCAACAGCCAAUCCAUUCCCAAGCUGGGCACUUAUAUGUGCUGCUGAUUUAUAAAUCUGGCAUUAACUAAAAUCAUUUUAAUCACUUCCCUUCUGGGGAAUAAUUUCCUGAAGAUAGAUGCCAAUGCAAAAUACAGAUGUUAAUCUUACCAUAUUAGAAGCUUAGAAAAAUAAUCAUUUUUUAAUCCAAGAUAUUUUGAGUUACUGGACUUUGAGGCAUUUUUAGGUUGCAUUUAUAGCUAUGCAUGAUGAACUCUAAAUCAAUGUAUUUCUGGUGAUGGUUUCAUGACCAGUAAUGAAAUUUGUACGAUUAUACUUGUUCAGGUAAUUUACUUGGCGAUUCUACUUGUUUGUCCAAAAAAAAAAAACAAUGAGAGAUUUGUGAGGUCUUUGACUUUUCUACCUUUUAAGAAAUGAAGCCAGCUGGCUUGUGUAUUCAGGACAGGACCUCCUCAGAGUGUUGGCAGAGAACAGAAUAUUUACUCAGGAGCACCUUACAUAAUUCUGACAUUUCUCCGAUACUAGUCUUAAAAUAUUUUCUAAAUUAUCUCAGAUUCUUAAUAAUAUAACACUAACUAAAAAUUUAUUUGACUUCUUUUCUCCCAAAGUUUAUUUCUAGGAGUAUCUUCAUCUGCUUUUACCUUGACUAAUUUUUAGCCUCUUAGUUUCUGGAAAGACUCUUUAAUUUGUGUUAAAAAUUCCUAUGAAUCUUUAUUAUAAACCCUUGGGAGAGAGUUUCCUUUAUCUUGCGUAGUCCUAGACUUAUCCAUAUAAAUGCUAUGGCCAUGCUUGUCUUUCCUGCACAAAGAAGGCAGUGUCAUCUCAAAUUGCCUGACAAGGUCAUGUCAGUGACUUCGUAUCAAACACAUUACCUGUGGAGGCUGAUGUGCACCAUUUAAUUUUUUUUCAAGUCUAAUCUCAUUAUUAUUCCUAUUCUUUAAUCAUAGUAAACUCAUAAAUACUCUUCUAAAUUGGAGGAAUUAUGUAUUCUCUACACUUAUAGAAUCAAAACGUUUAAAGACAACCAUUUCAAAGAGCUAAUGCAAGUCCUCUGUUUAAUUGUCUCUUCACACUUACAAUGCUUCCUCUGAUAUGUUUUUGCUGUCAUAUCCUUAUACACUGUGAUGUCAUUUUGCUGUUCUAUCAUUUCCUUUCUCUCCUUUUCUUAUAUUUCUUAAAUUUUGCUUUUCUCUUAUGUAUGUUUUUGCAUGCCCUUUCCUUUGAACUUUGUAUAAGCUUAUACAGUUUUGUUUCUUUUAAGGUAGAGCAGGUUAUUUUUUGUUUCUCUGCUUUUAAGUCCACUGCUUUUAAAAGAGGUAAAUUUAUCCUUAGACCUCAGUGCCUUGCUUUCCUACCACCACCACUUGGUGAAUGGGCAUCAGAUGCUGCAUAAGCCUAUUUAGGGCACUGUUUUGGUAGCUGUUAAAAUUUAUCCAGAAACUGUAGCCAUUGUUUUAUUUUAUUACAUAUGCAUUCAACUUGUUCACUAAUAUUAACUAUAUCCAAAGUUUGUAUGUAAGAAUUGAUCUAUUCUUCAGUUUACCAUAUUUUUUCUGGUAUAACAAUGAACCAGAAAUAAGCCUGAUUGCUAAGUAAUUAAUUAUGUAAACCCACCUAGGUCCCACAUAAGAUUUCCUCCACACACUUGAUUAUAUAUAUGGAUUUGGCUAGAAAAUGAUACUGCCAGCAUUACUAAUUAUAAAUACUUGACUACACAGAUUGAUGGAACAAAAUUAUUAAAGUGUUUUCAGGGAACUUAAUCCAUAUGUCACCACCAAAGAUUUCUACAGUGUUAUAAAGUAUGUAAAUAUUCCAAAUUUCUGUAAGACAUUGGUUAGAAAAAUAAUUUUUUCUUUCUUUUUUUUUUUUUUAUAACAUUUUAUGCUUCUGGAAUGCUUGAACUUUUGUGUUGUUAAAAAUAAUGCAAUACUAUCUUAAAUAUCAGUACUUUGUAUUUUUAAUUGGAAUGGACUAAAUUUUUAUUCUGAUUUUCUUUUAUCAGGAAAAUUAAGGAGUCAGUAUCUAUUGAAAAGCAAUUUCCUGUUUUCUCCUAUGUAGACUAAUUGAUUUGCAAAGCUACUAGGUAAAUUUUUAGAUCAUUGUUAAGGUGGUAUACAGUAUAUAUUUCUUGGUAAAUAUCAUUUAAGAGUAAAGCUUUCUGAAAGUACAGCUUUUUUUCUAAAUGUUUUUAAGAUUUAUUUUUCUGUAGUAUCCUACAGAUUUAAUGUGUUUUGAUUCUUUAAACAUUGACCAUGAAUUAACAUUUUUCUCUUCUGACACCUUUUAAAUCUAUAUACUUUAAUAGUUAAGAUAAAGCAGCUUUGCAAUUUUUUAUCUCUUUGUAAGGCUAUCUUUAGGCCUAGUAUGGGGGUAAUUUUACAAAUGUGUUUUUGAAAAUUUUAAUAUAAAAUAAACUCGUUUUAUUAGUGA